UCAUUGUAUAAACAGCAGCAUAUUUAUGUCAAAAUGACUGUGGAUGAUGUUUUUGCAUAAUGAAAAAUAUCUUUAGAAAAUAACCAAAGAGAAUUUAAAAUCUUGAUUUUGCAGUAGUGGUACUAUGAAAGGCCGCAUGAGAGAGAAAUCUGAUGAUAACCUGCAUUUGUCCUCAGACCUUCAUAAUUUUCAGGAGAGCAAGUGCUCUGAAAAUGAGCAUCAGCGUUGACCAGGAGACAGACUAUGCUGAAGUGGUUCUGUUUGUAGGAGAAAUCACACUGGGAGAGGAGAUUAGGAAGACAAUGAAAGAUCCACAACUGAGAAAGAGAGAGGCCCACAGUAUCUCACAGGCUGUGUGUGCUCUGCUGAAUUCUGGAGGGGGCGUGGUCAAGGCUCACGUUAAGAAUUCACUUUACAGCUUCAAAAGAGAUGGAAUAGGACUAGAUUUGGAAAAUUCUUUUCGUGAAAUUCUUCCAUGUCCUCAGAAAUACCUAGACUGCGUGCAGAACAAAGGGUACUUUUUAAUUUUUGUGAAACCAUGGAUCCCAAAUAUCUCCGGUCAGCGUGUCCUCACCUUGAAAACCAAUUUCUAUGUGAGAAAUUUGUCAGCUUCAGAUGAACUGAAAGGUCCUGAUGCAGUGAAGUUCCUCAAAGACAAGAAGGAUUCUGAAGGGAGAUCACGUUCAAGACAGAGCUUGCCUGGAUUAUGUGACUCUGAUGAGUUUCAGCAGGGAAGUCUACACACAUUUUUUAACAGAGAGGAGUUGACCCUGGAGGAGACAUCCUGUUUUACUAGAUCCAAACAUACAGAAGUUAAAAUGACGCCUAAAGAAAAGAUUUUAGAGAUUCUCCCUAAAACUGUGUCUGCAUUCGCAAACACUGACGGGGGAUAUUUGUUCAUUGGUUUAAAUGGAGGAAACCAGCAAAUGGUUGAUAUUGAAGCAGAGAAGAGCAAUCUUGAGAAUCUAGAGAGUGAAAUAGAGAAGUGCAUCCGACAGCUGCCUCUCGGUCACUUCUGUGAGAAACAAGAGAAGAUAAGGUACACAUGCAAAUUCAUCCCAGUCCACAGACCAGGAGCCGUGUGCUCAUAUGUGUGUGCUCUCAGAGUGGAGAGAUUCUGCUGUGCUGUGUUCGCUGAAGAGCCCGAGUCCUGGCGCGUGGAAGACAGCUGUGUGAAGAGAUUUACCUCAGAGGAAUGGGUCAAGCUCCAGAUGGAAGCCACACCAGUGCUGUCUAGAGAGGUGACAUGCUCUCCAGAAGACCUCCGCAUGGAGCCGUGGUCAGAACAUAAACGAUAUGAGCAGUUACUUCAGACAGAGCUGGCCUCACUUCGUCAAGGGACGCUGAUCAUCUCUGAGAGCUUGGCUUUAAGUCUGGGCUUACAGAAGAAGCAGGAAGUCAUCUUGGAUGUGCUUCAUAUUUCCCAGGACAGUCUCCUGACCCUGCACAGCUUUGUCCGGGGAGAGGGGGAGCUGGAAGGCGACAGCUCUGUUCUGAGGGACCUGGGCACUAAGUUAAAGAACGACUGUAAACAAACUGCACUGACUUUAAAGCAGAAGCUGGUAAAUCUUGGCGGUUACACCGGGAAAAUAGGUGUUGCGAUAAAGAUAACGUACUUGGGUCAUAGUGCGGUGUCUCUAUAUGAUUCAAGCUCGAGAAUACAUUACCCCAGGGAGUAUUAUCUGACAACCAAGACAGUAAGGGUCUUAGAGAAAGCCCUUAUUGAAGUUUUAGGGACAGUGUACCGUUGUAAAAAUGUAGUGAUCAGGUUACCUCUGAAUUUUUAAACACAUAGAAUUAGAUAUUUUACUUUUUGAGGAUUGUCCUAAAUCGUGUUUGAGACUGCUUGACAUGGAAAGUAGACUAUGGUGCAAUGAUAUCUCAUGUUAUGAGGUGAAAAUAUUCUCUGAUUGUCAGGAGCCAUUUCCCCCAAAAAGUAUUUCAGGGACCAUUGUCCUGGGGAUGUUUGCAGAGAGCCCCACACCCCAACAGUAUUGAGAACUGUUUGUUGGUGGAGCCCACCCCACACCCAACUAUCUUGGGAGCUAUCUGUUAGCAGAACCUGCCCCACAUUCCAACUAUCUAGAGAACUGUUUGUGGUUGGAAUCACAAAAGGAAUGAUUCCGCUUGCAUAGAGAACACUAGGUGUGUCCACUCGUGACCUACUAAUGACCAAGUGUCAACUCGUGACCAUUGCUGCCCCAGCAAGAUCCCAUGCCCUUCCCCCCUGCCUUCAUCCCAAGCCAAAUUCCUCAUCCAAGGGCUAUAUAAGCUGCUGCCAUUAUGCUAAUAAAUGGAGGCUUUGACAACAGAUCUUGCUUGGCCUCGUUCCUCUCUCCUGCCCAUGUCUUUUCAGAUAGCGCCUCUUCAGGACCCUGGAAUUACUGACCUGCCAGGCGGGUUACAACCCUAGACUAACUGACCUGCUGGGUGGUUACAUCUGAUUCUGUAAAAAUAUGGAAAUUGUAUCCUUUAAUAACUUCACAAAGUAGAAACCAAAUUCUAGGAAAGGGAUUGGCUAAUAAAGAACACAACAAUAAAACAGCGCUUUAAGAAUGCGUCCCUCAACUGGGGAUGAGGUCUGUGACUUUAAUUUUAGAGCUUGGAGAAUGGCCCAUCCUUUUAAUAUUCAUAGAGAAGUCCAGGAUAGCCAGGGCUAUGAAAAGAGACCAUGACUCAAAAUAAAUAAAUGAAGACAUACAAAAAUAAUCAAAACACAAAAACGUGUCCAAUCUGCAUAGCCAUCCAUCUUGCUGAGGAAAUGCAUGGUGCCUCUAAUCAUGGAAGACACUCUUCCUAGAGAAGUUAGUGAAGAAAAUGAUGAAGAAGACAAUGUAAGGCAACAUUUGGUCACAGUGUUGCUGCUCAGCUGUGUGUGCUAUUGCUGUUAAAUCUGUGAUUUGUAUGUGACAAGCCAGGAAGGACUUUCCACAUGUCCCAAAUCACAGAGGCAAGGCUCAGGAUAUGCAUAAAAUAAAUGGAGACGGCUUACAGCAGCAGAUAGUAAAUAUGGAGGUCUCCAAAAAAGUCAAAGUCACGAGAAAAGGAAUACAAUUGUUCAUUGUGUAUUAAAGAAAAGCAAUGUAUCUGUUGAUGUAAGGCUUCAAAAGGUCAACAGGUGUCAGGCAUUAGGCCAUGCAUGUACUCUCUAUGGGGCUAGAGCAUGAGCUCCAGUAACAUCUUUGUAAUAUUGUUCCCUUUUGAAGUCUUGAUAGUAUGGUUUAUAAGUCGAUAUUGUUCUUUACUGGUUGAUGUGUUGUAUGUUUUACAUUCCUGUUGUCGUGUUGUUUGUGCUAUAAAUUAACACCUGUAAGAGUGUUACAGCAUUGAGAUUACAUGGGAGUAUUACAUA